AUGGCAGCCAAUAUCCCCGAUCCCACCCGGAUCCUCAGCAUACAAUCCCACGUCGUCUCCGGGUACGUCGGUAACCGCUCUGCCACCUUCCCACUCCAACUCCUCGGCUGGGACGUCGACGUCACCAACACGGUCCAAUUCAGCAACCACACCGGAUACGGCAGAUGGGGCGGCUUGCGGUUCGACUCCUCCCACCUCUCGGACAUCUUCUCUUCGCUCGAUAAGAACGGUCUGUUGCGGUACUCUCGCAUGCUCACGGGAUACAUGCCAUCGGCAUCGGUGGUGGAGGUGGUGCUGGGGCUGGUGAAGAAGCUGCGAUCUAGGCAGACUGGAGGGGAGCAGGAUGAGGAAGGUGGACUGGUGUAUCUCUUGGAUCCGGUGAUGGGUGAUAUGGGUAGAGGCAUGUACGUUUCGCCCGACGUUCUGCCCAUGUAUCAAGCGAUGCUCGAGUACGCUACCAUCAUCACCCCCAACCAGUUCGAAGCACAAGCAUUGACAGGAAUGCAGAUCACAGACUUGGAUUCGUUGAAACACGUGCUCCUCAAGCUGCACAAGAAGCACAAGGUUCCCCACGUCAUCAUCACUUCCGUCGAACUACCCGAUGCCGAUCUGGAAAGGAUCGGUGCUCAGAGGAACAUGGCAGAUGGCAGACCAGCGAUGCUUCAAGUCGGAUCUAGCUGCGAGAUCGAAGUCAGAGGCGGGGAGAGGCAAGAACCAACGUUGGAGGUGGACGAGUUGAGGAUCUGGUCGAUACAGUUUCCAGAAGUUCAAGGGUAUUUCUCUGGAGUAGGAGACAUGUUCGCCGCAUUGACGUUAGGAAGGUUCCAUCCUGAAACGAAGAUUGCGGCAGACGACCUGACACCCAUCGCAAAGGCUAGCGAGUUGGCCAUCGCCAGUUUGCAAGGCAUCCUCAGCAACACGUGCAGAGUGAUCGACGAGCUGGAAAGGAAUUUGGGGGGAGAGGAGAAGGAGAAGGACGAAGUGGAGGUAAGAGUCGAUAGGAUGAGGAGGCGAGAGUUGAGGGUGGUGCAGAGUAAGAAGGAGAUUGAAUCGCCAACGAUCGUGUACCGGGCAAAGUGGAUCACUGCUUAG